GCGAGAGCGGGAACGGCGGAGCGGCGGAGCCGUGAGGGCUGCGGGGGGACUGUGGGGGGGCCGUGAGGGGGACAGAGGGGCUGUUGAGGGCCGAGAGGGGCCGUGAGGAGCGGGGGGGGCUGUCAGGGGCCGAGAGGGGCCGCGAGUGCUGUGAGGGACCCGCCGUGAGGGAGCCGGGACGCGGCCGCCGCCGCCGCCAUGCACGUCGUGAAGCGGGAUGGGCGCCAGGAGCGGGUCAUGUUUGACAAGAUCACGUCGCGCAUCCAGAAGCUCUGCUACGGCCUCAACGCCGACUUCGUGGACCCUGCUCAGAUCACCAUGAAGGUGAUCCAGGGGCUGUACAGCGGCGUCACCACGGUGGAGCUGGACACGCUGGCGGCCGAGACGGCGGCCACGCUGACCACCAAGCACCCCGACUACGCCAUCCUGGCCGCCCGCAUCGCCGUGUCCAACCUGCACAAGGAGACCAAGAAGGUCUUCAGCGAUGUGAUGGAGGAUCUCUACAACUACAUCAACCCUCACAAUGGGAAGCACUCCCCAAUGAUCUCCAAAGAAACUCUGGACAUAGUUCUGGCCAACAAAGAUCGCCUCAACUCCGCCAUCAUCUAUGACAGAGACUUCUCCUACAACUACUUUGGCUUUAAGACUCUCGAACGCUCCUACUUGCUGAAAAUCAACUCCAAAGUCGCCGAGCGCCCUCAGCACAUGCUGAUGAGGGUGUCCGUGGGCAUCCACAAGGACGACAUCGACGCUGCCAUCGAGACCUACAACCUGCUGUCGGAGCGCUGGUUCACACACGCCUCCCCCACGCUCUUCAACGCGGGCACCAACCGCCCCCAGCUCUCCAGCUGCUUCCUGCUGUGCAUGAAGGACGACAGCAUCGAGGGCAUCUACGACACCCUGAAGCAGUGUGCCCUCAUCUCCAAGUCUGCCGGGGGCAUCGGCCUGGCCGUGAGCUGCAUCCGAGCCACGGGCAGCUACAUAGCUGGGACAAAUGGGAACUCCAACGGGCUCGUUCCGAUGCUGAGGGUCUACAACAACACCGCCCGCUACGUGGAUCAGGGGGGAAACAAGAGACCUGGGGCUUUUGCCAUCUACCUGGAGCCGUGGCACCUGGACAUCUUUGAGUUUCUGGACCUGAAGAAGAACACUGGGAAAGAAGAGCAGAGAGCCAGAGAUCUUUUCUUUGCCCUCUGGAUCCCUGAUCUCUUCAUGAAACGGGUGGAAACCAACCAGGACUGGUCCUUGAUGUGCCCAAAUGAGUGUCCUGGCCUGGAUGACGUCUGGGGAGAGGAAUUUGAGAAACUGUAUGAGAGCUACGAGCGGCAGGGCCGCGUGCGCAGGGUGGUGAAGGCCCAGCAGCUCUGGUACGCCAUCAUCGAGUCCCAGACAGAGACUGGCACCCCCUACAUGCUCUACAAGGACUCCUGCAACAGGAAGAGCAACCAGCAGAACCUGGGCACCAUCAAGUGCAGCAACCUGUGCACCGAGAUCGUGGAGUACACCAGCAACGAGGAGGUGGCCGUGUGUAACCUGGCCUCCAUCGCCCUCAACAUGUACGUGACCCCCGAGCACACCUACGACUUCAGGAAGCUGGCAGAGGUCACCAAGGUCAUCGUCCGGAACCUCAACAAGAUCAUCGACAUCAACUACUACCCUGUGCCAGAGGCCGAGCGCUCCAACCGGCGGCACCGGCCCAUCGGCAUCGGCGUGCAGGGCCUGGCCGACGCCUUCAUCCUCAUGAGGUUCCCCUUCGAGAGCCCCGAGGCCCAGCGCCUGAACCAGCACAUCUUCGAGACCAUCUACUACGGGGCCCUGGAGGCCAGCUGUGAGCUGGCCCGGGAGCAGGGCCCCUACGACACCUACCAGGGCUCCCCGGUCAGCAAGGGGAUCCUUCAGUAUGACAUGUGGAACGUCACCCCCUCUGACCUUUGGGACUGGAAGGCUUUGAAGGAGAAGAUUGCCAAGUACGGUGUGAGGAACAGCCUCCUCCUGUCCCCCAUGCCCACUGCCUCCACUGCCCAGAUCCUGGGCAACAACGAGUCCAUCGAGCCCUACACCAGCAACAUCUACACCCGCAGGGUCCUCUCGGGGGAGUUCCAGGUGGUGAAUCCCCACUUGCUGAAGGACCUCACGGAGAGGGGCCUGUGGAACGAGGAGAUGAAAAACCAGAUCAUUGCCCACAACGGCUCCAUCCAGAACAUCCCUGAGAUCCCAGAUGACCUGAAGCAACUCUACAAGACGGUGUGGGAGAUCUCCCAGAAAACCAUCCUGAAGAUGGCUGCGGACAGAGGGGCCUUCAUCGACCAGAGCCAGUCCCUCAACAUCCACAUCGCCGAGCCCAACUACGGCAAGCUGACCAGCAUGCACUUCUACGGCUGGAAACAGGGCCUGAAGACGGGCAUGUACUACCUGCGGACAAAGCCGGCCGCCAACCCCAUCCAGUUCACCCUGAACAAGGAGAAGCUGCGGGAGCGCGAGAAGAGCUCCCGGGAGGAGGAGGAGAAGGAGAGGAACAAGGCAGCCAUGGUGUGCUCCCUGGAGAACAGGGAGGAGUGUCUCAUGUGUGGCUCCUAGGGGAUCUCCCCAUUCCACACGGCUGGA